AUGUCCAAGCUAUUCUCCAAAAAGCCCAACGAGGGGGCCACCAUCCAGGCUCAGCAAGAGGCUCCCCGGUUCGAAAAGGUUUCGUGGACCAAGGAGCCCGGCCUCCGUCAGCUCUACUUCUAUGCCUUUGUUCUUUGUGUUGCAUCUGCCACUACGGGUUACGAUGGUAUGCUGUUCAACAGUGUCCAGGCCUUUGAUACCUGGAAGGACUACUUUGGAAACCCCCAGGGCCAGAUGCUCGGCUUGCUCGGAGCGCUGUAUCAGAUUGGCAGCAUGAUCUCUAUUUUCUUCGUGCCUUUCUUCACUGACCAUUUUGGUCGCAAGAUCCCCAUCGUUAUUGGCUGUGUUAUCAUGAUUGUCGGCGCUAUCCUUCAAGGAUGCUGCCAGAACCUUGCCACCUUCAUGGGUGGACGUGUGAUGCUCGGUUUUGGAAACAGCUUCACUCAGCUUGCAUCCCCCAUGUUGCUCACCGAGAUCUGCCACCCCCAGCAUCGUGGUCGUUUGACUACAGUCUACAACUGCCUCUGGAACGUUGGCGCUUUCAUUGUGGCAUGGCUUUCCUUUGGCACAAACUACAUCCCCAACGAGUGGAGCUGGCGUAUCCCAUGCAUCAUCCAGGGCCUGCCAUCCCUGAUCCAGCUCUCUUUCAUCUACUGGGUUCCCGAGUCUCCUCGUUACCUCAUCGCCAAGGACAAGCACGAUCAGGCUCUUGCUAUGCUCGCCAAAUACCACGGCAACGGUGAUGCUCAGCAUCCUACCGUUCAGUUUGAGUACCACGAGAUCAAGGACACACUGAAGCUGGAGCUUGAGCACAAGAACGCUAGCAAGUAUUCCGAGUUCCUCAGGACCAAGGGAAAUCGCUACCGGCUCGCCAUCCUGAUCUCCCUCGGCGUCUUCUCCCAGUGGUCCGGCAACGCCAUCAUCUCCAACUACGUCGCGGUGCUCUAUGACACGGCCGGCGUCAAGGGCUCGACGGACAAGCUCGGCCUGGCCGGCGGCCAGACGGUGCUCUCCACCAUCGUCUCCAUCAGCAUGGCGCUCCUCGUCGACCGCGUCGGCCGCCGGCCCAUGUUCCUCGCCGCGACCGGCGGCAUGUUUGGCACCUUCAUCUUCUGGACCCUGACCUCGGGCCUGUACGAGGAGAGGGGGAUAGACGGCGCCCGCUUCGCCAUGAUCUUCUUCAUCUGGAUCCACGGCAUCUUUUACUCGCUCGCCUGGUCCGGCCUGCUCAUCGGCUACGCCAUCGAGGUCCUGCCCUACAAGCUGCGCGCAAAGGGGCUCAUGAUCAUGAACGUCUGCGUCCAGGCCAGCCUGACCCUCAACAUCUACGCCAACCCGCUCGCAUUUGAGCACUUUACCGGCCACCUGUGGAAGCUGUACCUGAUCUAUACGUGCUGGAUCCUUGGCGAGGUCGUCUUUGUCUAUUUCAUGUACGUCGAGACCCGCGGUCCGACCCUCGAGGAGCUGGCCAAGAUCAUCGACGGCGACGAGGCCGAGGUCGCCCGCCUGGACCUCGACAGCAAGGUCUACUCAGAGAAGGACGUCCUCAGCAGCAGCAGCACCGAGAAGGUCCCGAGCCGUGUAGUCUGA